CAGGUUCCUUCUACCAUGCCCAAAGCAUUCCUCCUGCUGGGUGUUGCCCUGGUGCUGCUUGGGCUUGUGUGUGGAGCCAUGUUGAGAAAUGAAGGAAAAUGGAAGCCCCUCAGCAAUCCUAGAAACCGAGAUCUGUUUUUCAGAACCCUUCAGGCAUAUUUUAAAGGAAGAGGUCUUGAUCUUGGGAGGUUUUCAAAUAAUUUCUCCAUGAACGAGAAUCCCAGAUCUCUCUCUUUCCAAUCAGAAUUUAUGGCCUCUGCAUUUGCAGAUUAUGAAGAACACAAAAACUCCUUCCCCAAUUAUCUCAAAGGCUGA